AUGGUUUCCCAGGAGGAUCAGUUUUGGCAGCUCCUUGCCAACAUCCUUAAGGUAUCUGGCAUUGUUUCCUGUGAGGCUAGUACACAGCUAGGAGGAGCCACAGAGUGCAGGAAGCUGGUGGCUGCCGGCCUCUGGCAGACUGGCUACCAUGCUGACUGGAUGUAUGGGAGGGAGGAAGGAGAAGGAGGGGAGGGAGGGAGAUUCUUAAGCAGAGACCUCCUUCUGGCACUGGGCUGGCUGCUUGCUACAGGACAACUGGAGAAACUGCUGUCUAAGAGAGUACAGCAACUGGACAAAACACUCCUCUCACCUACACCUGUGAACCUUCAGCUUUCUAGUGAGCUCCAGUUAGACCCAGCAUGUCUGAGGAAACUUCAGUGGCUUGUUGGUUGUCUGAGACACCAGGGGCGGACCUUGCUGUCCAUGCAAGAAGAGCGAACUCGCCUACUCCACGCUGUUUUCUCUGCCAGCCUUCCCUCCUCUGUAUCUUCCCCCUCCUCUGGUCAAAGCUCCACAGUGCUAAGGAAGGACUGUGUUUGUAUGCGGCAGCUGUGUGACCUUCUAGAAGCUUAUCUGAGCUGGAAACAGGUGGAAAAAGUUUUCUGGACCUGGAUGGACAGUGUGAUGGAUUGCCAUCUGACAGAUCCUGGUGUCAAGAAGCCUACACAUGCACCCAAGGGGAGCGUAAGAGUGUGUCACCAUGGAAACCAGGGGCUUGAGAAAUUGGAGGAGAUGCUGUUAAGACUGCCUACAGGCCAGAAAGGACAAAGGAGAGGCAGAGAGGAUGCUGAGGACAGAGGAGAAGGAGAGGACAGGUUGCAGGGUGGAUGGGACACCUCCUGCCUCCCUCCUCUUCCCUCCUCUCUCCACUGUCUACCCUCCUGCCCCGAUGUCUACCGAGCCAGGCUCCAGACUGAGAGGCCAGUCAGACACAGCAGCCACCCAGCAGAAGGGCCCUGCGGCGGGGCCGAGACUCCAGAUGACCUCCCAGCACCCCGGGCUGUGCAGCUGCUUCUUCAGACAGAGGCUCUGCUGCUGGAGAGGAGGGCCCGGCAGAGACUGGCCAAUAGGAUGCAGCUGCAGGAGAUGAUUGGCAGGCUGGACGAACUGGUGUUGAUACCGCCAUAGACUUUUUUUGAUCCUCAAACUUCUGACAUAUAAAUUCAGAAUAAACAGAAUAUGGAUUUUCA